AAAGCAUUUCAAUCUGGUCUCAUCUGGCCGAAGGAAGUUCAAGAAUCCACUACAAGUACACAUUUUAAACAAAUAUAUCUGUUUACAAAAGAGGUAAGGUUAAAGCAGUAUUUAAGCUAUACCUAUUACCUAUAUCUGAUUUUUUAUCUAGCGAUUAUUCACACCUAUUCAUUUACGUUCGUAGAAAGCAUUUCAAUCUGGUCUCAUCUGGCCGAAGGAAGUUCAAGAAUCCACUACAAGUACACAUUUUAAACAAAUAUAUCUGUUUACAAAAGAGGUAAGGUUAAAGCAGUAUUUAAGCUAUACCUAUUACCUAUAUCUGAUUUUUUAUCUAGCGAUUAUUCACACCUAUUCAUUUACGUUCGUAGAAAGCAUUUCAAUCUGGUCUCAUCUGGCCGAAGGAAGUUCAAGAAUCCACUACAAGUACACAUUUUAAACAAAUAUAUCUGUUUACAAAAGAGGUAAGGUUAAAGCAGUAUUUAAGCUAUACCUAUUACCUAUAUCUGAUUUUUUAUCUAGCGAUUAUUCACACCUAUUCAUUUACGUUCGUAGAAAGCAUUUCAAUCUGGUCUCAUCUGGCCGAAGGAAGUUCAAGAAUCCACUACAAGUACACAUUUUAAACAAAUAUAUCUGUUUACAAAAGAGGUAAGGUUAAAGCAGUAUUUAAGCUAUACCUAUUACCUAUAUCUGAUUUUUUAUCUAGCGAUUAUUCACACCUAUUCAUUUACGUUCGUAGAAAGCAUUUCAAUCUGGUCUCAUCUGGCCGAAGGAAGUUCAAGAAUCCACUACAAGUACACAUUUUAAACAAAUAUAUCUGUUUACAAAAGAG